CCUAUCAUCCCCCCAACUACUCACCCGGUCGGACUUCUCCGUCAGAAUAUCAAAAAUAUAUGUGCAUACUUAUGUGAGGCACCACCUCCUCGACCAUCAGUUGCUUAAAGCGCCUCAAAGCAAACGGUUAAGUGUGCUUGCGAAAGCAAUUGGAAAUGAGAAAAUAAUUCGCACAAUCGAAAGAAUAAAUUAUUUGACGUUUCUAAACAGAGGCAUUAAGUCUUAACUAAUUCUUUAGUUUCUUUUUGUGCUUAAAAAGUGUAAAGUAGCUUAAGAAAAUGUUGCGUUUGUUGAGAAGUAACGCGCUAAUGUCGUCCGGCAAAUCACUUGCUGGUGCUUUGAAUGGAGCGGUAGCCAAAUAUUCCAGUCUGGUGCCAGAUCCACAUAUUGAACCGGAGAUUCUUUAUACAGGGCUUUUCAUUAACAACGAAUGGCACAAGAGCAAAACUGGAAAGACAUUCCCUUCCAUUAAUCCAACUACUGAAAAACAAGUCGCUGAAAUCCAGUGUGCCGGCAAGGAGGACGUUGAUAUCGCUGUGCAGGCCGCACGCAACGCUUUCAAGGUCGGUUCACCAUGGCGCCGCAUGGACGCCUCCGACCGCGGUGUUCAUUUGAAUCGUUUGGCUGAUCUAAUAGAGCGUGAUCGCGUUUAUUUGGCCAGUUUGGAAACGUUGGACAACGGCAAACCCUAUGCAGUCGCCUACAAUGUUGACGUACCUGUCGCUAUCAAGAAUUUACGCUAUUUUGCCGGCUGGGCUGAUAAGAAUCAUGGCAAGACCAUUCCCAUGGAUGGUGAUUUCUUUGCUUACACACGUCAUGAACCUGUUGGCGUGUGCGCCCAAAUCAUUCCAUGGAACUUCCCAAUUCUCAUGUUGGCCUGGAAAUUGGGACCAGCACUAGCUACUGGCAACACCAUUGUACUAAAACCUGCUGAACAGACUAGCUUGACUGCACUCUACAUAGCUGAACUGAUUAAAGAAGCUGGCUUCCCAGAAGGUGUAGUUAAUGUGCUGCCCGGCUUCGGCGACGCUGGCGCCGCGUUGGCCAAUCACUACGAUGUCGAUAAGGUCGCCUUUACCGGUUCCACUGAAGUGGGUAAACUCAUACAGCAAGCCUCUGGAAACACCAAUUUGAAACGCGUCACUUUGGAGUUAGGCGGUAAGAGCCCGAAUAUUGUUUUGGCCGACACCGAUAUGGAUUACGCUGUGGAGUCCGCACACUUUGGGCUCUUCUUCAACAUGGGACAAACUUGUUGCGCUGGUUCGCGUACCUUUGUCGAAGAUAGAAUUUACGAUGAAUUUGUUGAACGCAGCGCUGAGCGUGCCAAGAAGCGUACGCUUGGCAACCCCUUCGAAUUGCAUGUUGAACAGGGCCCACAGGUCGAUCAAGAGCAGCUACAACGCAUUCUCGGCAUGAUUGAGGAAGGCAAGAAGCAAGGCGCCAAGUUAGUAGCAGGCGGCAACCGUCCCAACCAUCUGCCCGGCUAUUUCGUAGAACCCACUGUAUUCGCUGAUGUGCACGAUCACAUGACGAUCGCGAGGGAAGAGAUCUUCGGCCCCGUGCAACAGCUCAUUCGCUUCAAGACUUUGGAUGAGGUGAUUGAGCGUGCCAACAACUCCGACUACGGCUUGGCGGCGGCUGUUUUCACACGCGACAUUGAUAAGGCCAACUAUGUCGUGCAGGGUUUGCGCGCCGGCACAGUCUGGGUGAAUACAUACAAUGCCUUUGGCGCACAAAUGCCUUUCGGUGGUUACAAGAUGUCCGGCCAUGGACGAGAAAAUAGUGAAUAUGCGUUGCAGAACUAUACCGAGGUGAAGAGUGUGAUUGUCAAGAUUCAGCAGAAGAACUCGUAAAGGGCGAAAGCGGCGAGAUGAUUAUGAAUGUCGCACUGAUUGUUACUAAUACCUACUUGUAGUAUGUUUUGUCUUUAAAUGAAAGGCUGAGGAAGGAAAUUGCAGUUUAAUUUAAAAUCGCACAAGUUUUCUACAUUGUCAUGUAUACAUAUGUCUGAAUUACUAGUACCUAUUUCAUAAAAUAUUUUGCUAACAUACUAUUAUACAUAUGUAUGUUCAUAUGUGUGAAAUUAGUACCUACAAAUACAAAUAUACGACAGUUUCGUAUGAGCUGUACAAUGACAUAAAACAAAUAAAACUCUAUACGUAAUAUAAAAAACGAAAUA